UAAACCCUACCGUUCCCUCUCCCCUCCCCUCAGGCCUCAGAGGGGAGCCUCCUGCUAUAUAAAACUGACGCAUCCCUUGCACCCAAUGCAACCACCCAAGCCAAGGCAGAGUUCCAUAGCUUGGCGAGCUUGAUCUGACCCAGACGCGAACACAAUACACUAGCUACUAGCGGAGUGUGUGUGUGUGUGUGUUAGAUGGCACGUACUACGUGUUGACAUGUACAACGACGACGCGGAGCAGCCGCGGCCGCAGCUCAUGGCGCCGCCGCGGAUGUCCUUCUCCAGCGACUUCGCGCUGGAGCCGCCCCCGCCGCCGCCGACGAGGCCGCCACCAACGGGCGGCGCGGACGUGGACUUCGAGUUCUCGGCGCCGGCGGGCAGCAGCCGGAGCCGGCCGAUGAUGGACGCGGACCAGCUCUUCUCCAAGGGCCGCAUCCUGCCGCUGCGGGAGGCGGCGCCGCGGCCCCCGACGACGACCCUGCGCGACGAGCUGCUGCUGCGCGCGCCGGACGCCGCCGAUCGCGGCGGCGGUGCCCGCCGCGGGCCUGCUGCACGGUGGAAGGAGCUGCUGGGGCUGAAGAGGCCGCACAAGAAGGGGGGCGCCGCCGCGUCCGCCGCUGACGCUCACGUGGAUCUUGGAGAGCAUGGAGGGGCAGAGGUAGGAGAGUGAAGCCACGGAUGAAACUGGAGCAUGACAAAAAGUAACUAAUGAGGCAAAAUUAGUUUGGUGUUACAGAGUUGUAGCAUGGAUCGUCUUUCACAGUCCACCGUCUAACUUCUGAUAUCUGUCACUGGUUGGGGGAGCAAAAAUAUAAUCUAAGGCCAUCGUUUCAGUUCACCAAUUGGUGUACCUUC